CGCGAGGCAAGUUUAAAAUUUCGCUUUGUGUCAGCAAGCUUCACAUUUGCACAAGUACUCGAAGAGAGAAGUUUGUCUCAAAAGAUUGUUGUUUAAUCAAGCUAAAUUUAAGGUAAGAAUCUUUAGUCUUUUACUGUGAAUUUGCUUUAGCCUUCGUCAAUCGAAGGGUGACUUAUAUAUGUUUUUGAAACGCGACUAAAUUCAUGAACCGUUCGCUAAUAGAAUUCGUUCAAAUAUUUUUUUCUGCAUGACUAGUCACCACGUGUAUUGUACGGGCUUUCAAACUUUUAGCUAUUUCGUAACGUUUUCGAUAAAAUCUUGUAGCAUUUAACUUCAGAAUCCUUCUCUCUUGUCUUCCUAUAACUUAUAUUUCUUUUCUUCCAAUUUUAGGCCAGAAAGUUCCGCGAGAAAUUCGCUCAAGCCUAGACUGGCCACGGGGCCAUGCGGGGAUAUAUAACCAGGUAUAUAUAUGUAAUAUUUCUCUACAAAUAUUUGUCGCAAACUAGAAUUAACGCUUGCUUUUAAGAAUUGUUAAGUAUCCUGGUAGAUUUAUAGUCAUCUUAAUAGUCUAAAUUUUGGUCAACCUUUACUCAAGAUAAUACCUAAAAUAAAAGCUGUAUGCUUUACUCAAACGAUUUGGUUGCACUUCAUCUGUACUGUACAGUUUGUCCACAAUUUCGUACGAUAUUUUUGCGACUUCUUAUAGUCGAAAAUUCUGAAAUUAAUUUGGUAUUUCUUUGAGCUUAUUAACAAUUCUGAAACGAUUCCGUUCGCUUAUUAACAAUUCUGAAACGAAUUAAUAAAUAUUAAUAUUGAAUUUUGCUGUAAAAUUCUUCCAUACGAGUAUACGCGUUCAAUUAUUGAUGUGUUUUUUAUUUUUCUUUCAGGUGCAAAAUUUAAUGAAGUGAAAUGACCCGCAAAAAUGAUAACCUUUCAACAUGCAUGAGUAAGUACAGUUUAAUGCAUAUGUCAUGAUAGUUUCGCCUCAGUCGCAUUUGAGAAUAAUUAUUCCAGCUUCAAAUUCAGGUACUCCGAAUUCAUGUCGUAACACACAGCCAUGCAGGUGUUAUGCAUUUCUGCAAGCCUUACGUAAUAUUUUUUUGUUAUGUACGUAUAAACACGCGUUCAGAACUAAUUCUGAUUACAUUCAAAUUUGUAUUUUUUGACACGUUUCUCAAAAAACGUAGUGCUUUAUAUGUAAAACAAUGCUAAAAUGAAGAGAUUUUAAAUGGUAUGCCAAAGAGAAAAUGAUGUCUGAAGUUCAGUAUAUAAGUUUUGCUCGUAUAUUGGUGUAAACAUGGCGUCACUUUUAAAGCAUCAUUGCUAAUUGUAUUUCAUUUUACUUUUCAGGUUGAAAGGAGGAAACCCGCGCUUGGGCGGACAAUGAUUUUUUUACCUGCACAUUUUCAAUUUUGAGCCGAUUUUUUCAUACUUAGUCGUCGUCAGGACGCAACAUUUCAGAGACAAGGAGACGAGAAGAGCGCAGCUCGUCUGCCUUCAUUUCAAAACUCGCACAUCCAAAAUUUAAGUGUCUGGAAACAUGUUCAGGACUCUCUUAUAGGGCUAGUUUAGGAUGUUAUGACAAACGAGCGUGAUGAACAUGUCAGAUCGAGUUAGUUAGGACUCAAUGCGUGAGAUAAACGCUUAGCCAGUCCCCCUCAGUAUCUGCCCAAAACAUGUUUGCACAUUUUAUGUUUGUUCAAUGCUCAAUGUGGAGCACUUUGGAAAAGAAGAAGAUUAAUGGUGGACGAAGAUUCACAAGGUAUUGUAUUGUGUUCUAUAUAUUUAUAUUUAUCAUUCAGGGUUUCUAAAUAAAGUUAGUGAUCCUCUAGAAAGUUAGUAGUUUAGUUAAGUCUUAACCACACAAUUGCACUAUACUUAUUUAUGUUUUAUUUUGUUGUUUUAGAAAACGGAAGCCUUUAUGAUGGGAUGUCUCUUACGAAUGCGAAUGCAAGUUGGCGUAAGCUGAUGAGAUUGAUGACUCAAGCAUUUUCCCAGAGCUUCAGUAAUGAAAUAGGUUUGCCCGGAUUUAGUCGUGCAUCGCAGAUUGUUUCUGGGUACUCCAGAUUGAAACAAACACCACAGAUUUUCGCCGGGUACUCCGGAUUGAUUAAACACUGCAGGGUUUUUUGAGGUGACGUCAGCAGUGAUUUGUGGUGACGUCAGCAGUGAUUUGAGGUAGUUAGACUUCAAUGAGGUAUGAAUGCUGAAACCAUUCUGGGAAAACGCUUGCUCGACGAACGAGAUGCCGAAUCCCGUGUACAAAUUCUCCAUGAUCUGAAAGUUGUGGUAGUGUAGGUCUGUGUGAGCAGUCCAGUGAUUUUCCAGCUUAGUUUCUACAACUAGAGCAUGCGCGGAACGGUUGAUAGCGAUGUUGAUUUCAUGUGAUUUCCCGCGAGUUGUCCCUGCCCUCAGAUUUGAUGGAGAAGUACGUUGGAAAGGCGCCUUCCUAUACGCGUGCUUUUUGUUCGAGUCUGGUGGAAGGGGCAUUUCAACCGGAAGCCUCGGGAAAUCGAUAUAGCUAUCAAUCGUUCUGCGCAUGCUCCAGUUGAAGAAACUAAGCUGGAAAAUCACUGGACUUCUCACACAGACCUACAACUACCGCAAACUUUAGAUCACUGAGAACUUGUAUGCAGGAUUAGACCUUCCGUUCUUCGUCCAAGCGUUCUGCUAGAAUGUUUUCAGUAUCGAUUCUUCAACAAGGUCUAGCUGCUUUAAACUACUACUGACGUUGUUGCUUAGAUGUCUGUAUUUGUACCCAGACUCGCUUGCUCACAGCACGCAUAAAUACUUGGCCGGCUUCUGGUGGAAAUCAACUUGAGUUGACAGCCUCGAUUUCUUCGGAAACUUUGCGCUUGCAUAAGAAAGAGUACCCAUGGCAAUCCACUCCGAUGACGACGUCCGACACCAGACGACGCUGAAUCUACGAUGAGUAAAAUUACGGUUUGACUACUAACUCCCUGUAAAUCUUUGAAGCUGUAUAUAUUGCUAUGUUAGAACGCGUGCUCAGAAUCCUGUGUAAAGUAGUUCUAUUUAUUAUUUAUCGUAGUCGGAAUUCUGGCUACUAAUUACCCUGGUGCUUUUAUUCCGGUAUAUUUGGGUUGGCUAUGUUGCGACGCAUGCGCGCUAAAACAUGGUCUAAAACUUGCGAGGUAUUUCAUGAUGUUUAGUUGUUUUUUACUUUGCGACUUUGUACUUUACUUGCGUUGCGUUUCCUCAGCGUCUAACCGUAGCUGAUCCAAUUUGAUGCAUGGUUUUUGCUUGGUCUGUGCAUGGUGUUUGCAUGGUCUGUGCAUGGUGUUUGCAUGGUUUUUGGCAUGGUUUUUGCAUGGUCUGUGCAUGGUCUGUGCAUGGUUUUUGCAUGGUUUUUUGCAUGGUUUUCGGCAUGGUUUUUGCAUGGUUUUGGCAUGUUCUCUGCAUGGUUUUUGCAUGGUCGGUGCAUGAUAUAACUACAAAGCACUAAGUACAUCACAUCGAUUUCAAAAUGAAAUAUAUGUAUGUCUUAGUCUUUGGAGUUUUGAUCCAUUGGGAAAUUACGCUUAAAUUACUGAUUAUUAAAAAUGCUUGAAAUUUUACCUACUCUUUCGUGUGUGUCAAAAACACUUCGCAAAAAAUUUUAUUUGGAAAAAAUUUGUUUCUUGUAUCGCUCCGACUCGAGAAUCCAAGCGUAGUUUUCUAAUAGGCGUUGCGAAGCGUUUGGUUUUCGUGCUAAAGUCACUAGAAAAGGCUAAGUUCAUAAAUACUUUGUCCGUUGUUAAACACACCAUCAAAUGUAUGCGCGGGAACAUGUAUCUGUGAUUGUGAACUUGGUUGUGUGCUGCAUAUACUAAUGAGGUCUUCGCGCUUUAUUCUAAUAAUGGUAGUUAGUUCUCCACGAAUUCGUAUGGAUUCGUAUAUCGUCUUAAAGAUUUAUAAAUAAACGAAUUUUUCAGGCAAAUGUUCGCAAUUUGCAAAAAAUUGUUCUGGAGAUGGACACACACUAAAAAAAAGAAAAAAGAAAAAAAUAUUAAAAAAGAGGAAAAUAAAAAAAUGAAAUACGACGCUGCCUCGCAGAUUAGGCGUGCACGUGGAACCUGGUUCGCAAUUUGUGAAGCUUGUUUGGCGUACCGCGCUGGAAAAAGUGCGUGGAAAAAAAAGCUUUAACCGCAAUAAAUGCAAUACAAAGUUUUUAUCUUUAUGCGCGUCUUUUUCGCGCUAGGCCGUUUUGUCCGUUUCGCCCUGACGGGUAUUAUAUUUCGAUAAUGCGACAAGAACGUUUUUGUCUUGAAAGUGAGUAUGCAUUAUUUUUCUUAUAAUAUCCCUGCUAGCGGGAUUUUUGCCCUCCCCGUGAAUAAAAUCGGUGCUAGCAGGGAUAUGUGUAUGUGCACUAACUUUUGCACCCAAUCUCUAGAUGGUCGCUUAAUCUCUGGUCGUGAGAUAGCAGAAGCUUUUUUCUUCAGGGCAUUCGGCAAAACUUAAGGUUGACGACGAUUUUUUUGACGGUAGCAAGAUGGCGACGUUUGUGCUAAUAGUAGGAUAGUAUAUUGCAGUAUUCUGCAUUAAUUCCGGCUGACAAUGGGC